GUGCCAGCGUCGGGCGUCAGUGGCUCGAGUGCCGGUGUGGAGUCAAGCGAGCGCCGUUCCUCGUCCUGGCCCGGUGCCAAUAUGAAUCGCGCACAGAAGAUACUCUGAAAAAAACUCCAUUUCGCUCUUUCUUUCCGCUGAGUCGUCUGUUGUUAGAGCAUUUCGAAGACGAAGUCAAGAAAACUGCUGACGUCAUGGCCUUCACUGACUUCGACUCCAUUUUCGACCACAUCGGAGGUUUCGGACGCUACCAGAUGAUGUUAUUUUGGAUAAACUGCCUCAUGAACGCCUUCUUAGUCUUCGUGUACUUCGGCCAGUUCUUCAUGACCCUGACCCCGCCUCACUGGUGCGCGCCUCCGCCUGACCUCGCCCGGCUCAACCUGACCUCGGAGCAGGUCAAGAGACUCACCAUUCCGAGGGAUCCGCACUCGGGGAAGUACCUGGAGUGCGUCAGGUACCAGGUGGAUUUCAGCCAGGUGGUUCAGGGCAAUGCCAGCUGGCCUGACCCCAACUGGCCCACCACCAACUGUAGUCACGGAUGGAAUUACGAAUACUCACUCUAUUACCCAACCAUUACUUCAGAGCUGGACUGGGUGUGCGGCGAGGACUGGAAGCCGCCGCUGGCCCAGUCGCUGUUCUUCGUGGGGUCCCUGGUGGGGUCGCCUGUGCUGGGCUGGGCGGCCGACGCGUGGGGGCGCCUGCCGGUCAUCGUGGCCACCAACGUCGUGGGCGGGCUGGGGGGCGUGGCCUCCGCCUUCUGCUCCUCCUUCGUCUCCUUCGUCGUCUUCAGGUUCAUCGUCGGGAUGACCUACGACACGCACUAUAUGGUCGCCUACAUCCUGCUGUUGGAAUACGUCUCAAGCAAAUACAGAACCGUCAUGGCCAACGUCCCCAUCAUGCUGUUCCUGACCGCGGCCAUGUGCUCGUUGCCCUGGAUAGCCGUCGCCCUUGGGCACUGGACCUUCUUUACCAUCGCUAUCUACCUCCCGCAGCUCUCGUGCGUUGCUUUCAUCUGGUGUCGGGGCCAAAGACGCCAUUGCCAUCUCAAGAAGCAGGAAGAUCACAAGAAAACCGCUUCGGACGAGGUCGUGGAGGAGUUCAAGGCCUACGGAUGGAAACAGGGAGAGAAGGACGAGAAAAAAGUCAACGUCACGGCCCUUCUCAAGACGCCGGUGCUCAGACGCCGCUUCCUCGUGCUCUGCCUCAUGUGGAUGGUCAUAAUCCUCGCCUACGACGCCCACAUGCGCAACACCGAGCACAUCGGGACCAACGUCUUCGUCACCUUCACCGUCGCCGGCUUCGUGGAGCUUCCGGCCGACUUCCUGACGAUGGUGGCGGUGGAGAAGCUCGGGCGGAGGCACACGACGGUGUGGACGCUGGUGCUGGGCGGCCUCCUGUGCCUGGGGAUCGCUGCCGUGCCUCCAGACAACACCUUCGUGAUCCUAGUGUUGGCAAUUGCUGGCAGGUUUCUCAUCACGAUGUCCAUCAACGUCGGCCAACAGUACCCGAUCGAGGUCCUGCCAACAGUUGCGCGUGGAUCAGGCUCGGGAGCUAUCCACACGCUUGGAUAUGGAGCGGCUUUCGUGUCCCCUUAUGUGGUGUACUUGUCCAAGUUCGGCCACUUCCUCCCGUACACCAUCCUGGGCGUGGCGACCGUCGUGGGCGGCCUCGCGUGCGUCCUCCUGCCGGAGACGCUCGACCAGAAGCUGCCGGACACCCUCGAGGACGGAGAGGAAUUCUUCGCGGGUCAGGGAUGCUGCUACGACCCGUGCGCCAGAAGACGAGCCUCUACAGAUGCUGGAAAAGGAAAAGGUGGAAAAGAAAUUGGAAUUGGAAGGGAAAAGGGAGGAGAGGGAGGAAGAGGAGGAGAAGGAGCAGGAGAAGGAGAAGGAGAAGGAAGAGGAGGAAGAGGUGGAGAUGGUACAGGAGAGGGGGGAGAAGAUAAAGAUGCUGUGAAAGAUGAUAUUUCCAAAGUAUGAAUUUACUUUUAAGAGGGAGAAGGGGAGAAAG